UUUUCCAAUAAUAUCUCAUCUCCUGUUCUUUAAAUAUUACAACGUUAAUUCUAUUUUACGAAGCGAUUAAGACUAGAUGCUUAAUUAUUCCCUAAUCAAUAACACCAACGCGCCAUGGAAUGCAGUUGUUAAACACUCCACAUUGGCUCGUCAAACAGUCUCACUCCUCUCUCUCUCCACCACUUGACAUCGUCCCCUUCUUUCCUCCCUCUUGAAUGCUCUUUCAUUUUCCUACUCAUUCUUUCACUCUCUUUCUCUCUCCUCUCAAUCACCCUUCAUUCAUUCCUUCAUUAAUAUACAUCCAUUAUCUCUACUCAACCACCGAAAAUGGCGGUUGACGACGACAUGUGCAGCGACGGAAUGCAAUGCACUGACCACCCUUACCGCACCACCUCCCCUGGCGGUGGGAUCUGCGCGUUUUGCCUCCAAGACAAACUCGGUAAACUCGUCUCCACUUCCUCCUCCUCCUUCCUCAUUAACUCCUCCUCUUCUUCCUCCCCUUCUUUCAGAUCUGACCUCCCUUCCUCCGCCACCUCCGCCGCAACCGCAACCACCUCUCUCUCCAUCUCCAUCCCCACCGCUUCAAACAGUCGUAAUUACAACCAUCAUUAUAAUCAACAUCGUCAUAAUAAUAAUUUUCAAAAGGAUCAUUCUACUAGUAGGCCCCGCAUACCUUUUCUACUCACUCAAAAGAAAAAGAAGAAAGAUGAUGUCCAGUCUUCUUCUUACUCACCUAGUAAUUCUGUGCUCAAGAGAAGUAAAUCAUCUGCUACCCCUCGAUCCACUCGCUUUCUAGAAGAUUUCAGCCCUAGACGAAGGGGUUUUUGGUCUUUUCUACACAUCUCUAACACCCACCACAAAAAACCCACUACAAUAGUCACUCCUUCGUCUACAACCACCGUACCCCCGGAAAAUACGACGGCGGUGAUGGCGGUGACGGCGGAAGUGACGUCAUCGGCGGCGGUGAAGCCGGAUAUGACGUCAUCGGAGGCGGCGGCGGUGGUGGUGGAUGAGACGGAUGAGAGUCCGAACAGUAGCGGAGGAGCGAGUAAUACGGCGUCGUUUGGGAGGAAGGUGUCUAGAUCUAGAUCUGUAGGAUGUGGUAGUAGGAGUUUUUCAGGGGAUUUUUUCGAGAGGAUUUCGACUGGGUUUGGCGAUUGCACGCUCCGGCGCGUGGAGUCGCAUCGAGAAGGGAGUAAACACCGACACUCAACCUCACGCGCCGCCGGGGAUACUGUCCGGGAGAAAGUCCGGUGCGGUGGUUUAUUCGGCGGACUUAUUAUUACUUCCUCUUCAUCGUCAACAACUUCAUCGUCAUCGUCGUAUUGGGGGGCUGGAGAUGGACGGCCCAAUGGGCCGACAGUGACACCAGCUGGGCCGCUUGUUCAUGGGCGGAGUCGGAGUUGGGGGUGGGCUUUUGCUAGCCCAAUGAGGGCGUUUGCGAAACCGACUACGACUCGGUAUGAUCGUAGUAGGGAGCCUGGUGGUGGUGGUGGUGAUGGGAGUGUUAAGAACAGUAAUGGAACACCUAAUUUGGCUGCCAUUCCAUCUUUAUUAUCAAUAAGAGGCGUUGAGUUUUCCAUGAAGAACCCAUACUUGUCUAAAGAGCGAAAAUGUUAGUCAAAGAUGCAGUUUUCGAACCACAUGGUCAUCCGAUUAUUUAAUCAUUCCUUUCGAUCUUCCACUUUGCUAUCAAAUCUUCUUGAUUCCUCCUUGUUUGGAAAAAACUCUAAAAAAACUAGUCCAACGGUUCGUUCUUCUGCAAGAUUGAAUGUCUGAUUGUCUGAUUUGACCAAAUAACUACACGAGGGUAUAGCUCGCACAACAGAGAAAUCAGUUUUGGAGCGAUGGCAACACAGGUUUAGUACUCUAUCCUUUCACGCAAUUCUGCUAAAGACACUUGGAUUGUAAUUGGGAUGUUAGUACUUGGAAUUGGAAAUGCUAUGUACUUGUGAUUUUGUUGAUUGAACGUUUUUGGCUUGUAUGUGCUCUUACAAUCUGUUCUAUGUUAUGUAGUCCUUUCUGUAAGAACACAAAUGUAUAUUUUAUGGCAGUAUGGUGCUACGUCGUAUGUUUAAUGAACGGGGCAAUGGUACACAAAGUUCCUUAUU